AUGGCACCAAUCACAAGUUCUCUUCAAAUCACCAAUCUUGAAGAUGGAGAGACAAUUCAUCAACGCUGCCUUCUUGUCGCCGGAACAUAUGGGUUCGAAGCUGCUGAAGGAAGUUACAUCCACGUAACUACCAAAGCAGCAAACAAAUCAGAAAACUUCCCAGAGCAGACAUGGCCUCUAGCGGGUGGCCAUUUCAAGGCCCUGGUCAUGCUCUCGCCAGGAUUGAAUAGGCUCGAAUUCGCCUACAUUUGCAACGACUGCAUCGAACAUACUGUUGAGACGAACGUCAAUUACUGGCCUCUGAUGCAGUAUCCACCUCUCCAUCUCGCAAUCAUGGUUGCUUCUGACUCGCCGUGUCUCAUCGAUUGUCCUCCUAACAAGGCUGCUGGUGUGUCUUCGGCACAUUCGGACUUGGACGCUGCUAUUGCCAAGCUUCGCAUGACUGCGUACAUGUGGCAAGCCAUGACUGCCGAAGAUAUGAGGAAACAAGGCAUUGGAAGACGCUCCUUUAGACUGGAGGAGGAAUGGAUUGUAGACACUGUUAGUCGCGAGUUUACCAAUGCGCGCAUUAGCCAAACUCUCGCACAGGACGAUGCUGUACGGUCUACAGCCAAGAUUCACGUCAUCCGCUCUUCCAAGACAGUCAGGGAAAUUCGCAACGAGAAUAUUGCACAGCAGAAUGGCAGAGCUCGCAAUAAGAAUGCCCUUUUCGACUAUUUCAAGGAAGCGUUGUUGGAGGCUGGGGGUCCGUUCGUUCCUGAUGCUCAGCCUGUAGUUGCUGGCCUAAUCUUAGACUCCCAGUACAGCAUGUCCAAAGGCCUUAUUCUCGGACACGCCGCCCUUGGUUGCCACGAUCCGCGUGGUAUAUCAUUGGGCAUGUUUGGAAGCCACUUGACCUACUCUUGGCCGCGCUUUCUGGAAGAAGUUACCAGCUGUUUGACCGACACCCGUAAACCUGGAGAAAAGGUGGGCAACGAUAACGGACAGUGUACUACAUUGUGGGAAGCCUGUGCAAUUGGUCAGGGUGCUCACAUGCACGAAGUCGGUCAUGCAUUCGGCUCGCCGCAUCGCCCUGGUAUCAUGGAGCGAGGUUACGCCCAAGAUUGGGUUAAGAACUUUGUCUCCCAAACCGCAUACUCGCGCUACUUGAAGCAAGAAGGGACAGUCGUCGACCCGGAAAACACACCCAACAACGCACGCUGGGACCUAGCAGACGCGCUCUCAUUCCGCAAUCUUUCCCAUUUCCGACUCCCUACCGACCCCAUCCUCAACGAGACAGCCCGAAAAGCAAAGCCUGACGUGAGCGUGACGCACGAAGAAGAAGAAGGAGGCCUCGCAAUCCUCCACAUCAACUCAUACAGCGGCAUCGCGCGCAUAACCUUCAACAACACAGAGCACGAGCAGCCGGCCGAAUGGCUGGACAACGCACCCACAAGCAUGCAAUUCACCGAGUCGGAACUGAACCAGCGCUUCGACCGCACCAAACCCCUUCCCCUCCGCAUCCUCGCCUCCAACGGCCGCGAAACAAGCACAGCAAACGUAUGGAAACUUGUCGCCAACAAAUCCUUCAUCCGCAUCCCCGGCUCCAACAUCAUCCUCCGCAAACACCUCGCAUACUCGUCCGCCGACUCGUCCUCGCAUUUCGAAUGGGCGCAGCUCCUCCGCGAACGCGGCGCAGACGGCCACAUCCACCGCGCCGUCUCGAUCGACCUGCGCGUCGGCUGUCUCUGGGACGGCGGCGUCGUCAAGUACGCCGACGGCCACGUCUCGCACUGGGGCCCCAUGCGCACGUACGGAUCCCGGCAUCGCUUUGGCGGCCACGCAUCCCAGAAAAUCCGGCUCCCCGAGAGCGUGGAAAUCACGUCUGUGCAAGUCAACCCAGACGACGGGGUGCGUGUGCAUUUGUCGAAUGGGCAGAGUAAAGGCGAGUUGAAUGCGCAGAGCGACACUCAGCUUGUAGAGGUCAAGCCUGCGGCGGAUGAGAUUGUUGUGGGGUUUUUUGGCAAGAGCAGGCGCAAUGACGGCUUCAAUGGUGUGUGCGAGUUUGGCCUCAUUUGUGUCAAGAGGGAGGUGGGCUGGGAAGGCUUGCCCGAGGCCGUGUUUGCGCUCGAUCAAGUUAGGAAUACGGCGGGUUUGGAGGAUGCUGAGCAUGCGAUGGUGGAAAAUGAAUACGAAGAGGAUGAGGAUAUGGAAGAUUGAGAAAAAAAGAGAGUAUA